AUCAGCGGAGAGACACCAGAGUGAAGCGUCUGACGGGAGGACUCAGAAGAUGGCAGAGAUGCAGUGGAGUCUGUUUGUGCUCAUUCUGAUGAGUCAAGCUUCCUUCUUCACAUGUCGCCACUAUGAGUACCACUUUGUCAAACAGAAGAAGACCUGGACAGAAGCUCAGAAGUACUGCAGAGAUAAGUACACUGACCUGGCCAAAGUGUUGGACAUGACAGACAUGGAGAGACUCUGUGACUCGGCACAGAAUCAGGAUGAAGCCUGGAUCGGUCUUAACAGUCCUCGGAGCGAAUCAGGAGGACAUUUCAGGGUGUGGCAAUGGUCUCUGCCAGGGCUGGAGUACCAUGAAGAUAAGAAAAAUUGGCUUGAGAAUGAGCCAAAUGACAAAGAUAAACCUGAGAACUGUGUAACUUUACGUAAUAGUGAAUGGCUGGACUUCAAAUGUAAUCAUGAACAUUUCUUCAUCUGCUUCGAUGAAACAAAGAAAUCCAACAACAAAUUUCAUUUGAUGAAGAUCAAAAAGACCUGGCUACAGGCUCAGAAUUACUGCAGAAAGAAUCACACUGACCUGGUCAGUGGACACCAACAAUUAGAAGAGGUCAAAUCGGAACUGAAAGGUGAACUUGAGACUGAGACAGACUGGUGGAUCGGCCUGUUCAGAGACAGCUGGAGGUGGUCAGAUGGCAGCAAUGUCUCUUUCAGAUUCUGGGAUCCACAGAAUUACGGACCACUGCUCAGUGAUAAUUCAGACAACAGAUGUGCUAUGACCAUGUGGCAGAAAAGGGGCAAAUGGGGGACCGACAAAUGUGUGACAAAAAAACACUUCAUCUGCUAUGAGGGUGAAUAUUUUUGGGUGGAAUCCUUGUUUUAUUUUAUUUCAUCCUCUCUAUGUCAGAGACCCCAUGCUAAGUUACAGGGACAGAAUAGGAAUAAAAAUAGUCUUUAUAAUUUUUCAUGUAUUUCACCUGCCCAGAGACACGCUGGAUAAUGUUGC